AUGGAUUUUCUCAAUGAGUCCAAUUUCUCUCUAGGGUACAUCAAUGCAACAUUAGCCGCGGACAGACCUCCUCACUGCAGCACCAUCCUGCUUGUCAUCUUUGGCGUCAUCUUUCUCUUUGGUAUCCUGGGCAACAGCAUCGUCAUCUACACCAUUAUGAAAAAAAACAACUGUCGCACCAAGCAAACGGUCCCCGACGUCUUCAUCCUUAACUUGUCCGUCGUCGACGUCCUCUUCUUGCUGGGGAUGCCCUUCCUGAUCCACCAGUUGCUAGGUAACGGCACCUGGCGCUUUGGGGCCGCCAUGUGCACGAUCAUCACGGCGCUGGACUCCAACAGUCAGAUGGUGAGCACGUACAUCCUCACGGCCAUGACGCUGGACCGCUACGUGGCCACGGUGCAUCCCAUCCGCUUCAAUUACAUCCGCACGCCAUGCGUGGCCUCCCUUGUCAUCGCCGUCGUCUGGGCUCUGUCCCUGAUCACCAUCAUCCCCGUGUGGAUGUACGCCGGGCUCAUGCCCCUACCUGGAGGACUGGUGGCCUGCGCCUUACUCCUGCCCAACCCGGUCACCGACACGUAUUGGUUCACGCUGUACCAGUUCUUCUUUGCCUUCGCCAUCCCUCUGGCCAUCAUCUGCCGAGUGUUUUUCAAGAUCCUGAAGCACAUGUCCACCAGUGUAGCCCCGCUGCCCCAGAAGAGCCUGAGGGUGCGCGUCAGGAAUGUGACACGAAUGGCGGUGGCCAUCUGUUUGGCUUUUUUUAUCUGCUGGGCGCCCUACUACAUCCUGCAGUUGGUCCACCUGGGCGUGCAAAACCCCAGCGUGGCCUUCUCCUACGCCUACAACAUCGCCAUCAGCAUGGGCUACGCCAAUAGCUGCAUCAACCCUUUCCUCUACAUUGUCCUGAGCGAGACCUUCAAGAGGCACUUUGUCAGAGCUGUGCGGCCUGCAAACAGGAAAUUCAAAGUCCAUUCUAACACCACAGAGGCUCGUAGCGUGAGCGUCAGGAUGGUGCCCGAAGGCGCUCACCUGGAGCCGGUAGCUAGGGAGAUACCUUCAAGUGUCGCUCCGCAGUAAUCAAAAUAUGCUUUACCUUUGGUGGAUUAGAUGCGCUGGUUAAUCCGUUUUAGUGUCAUGGUGCUUGACGAUUUUCACCCUGGGUUGGUAACUGAGCUGCUUGGAGUUUUGGAGUGUGUGUGUGUGUCUGGGAAGGCACACUCAACAGGUAGCAGCUGUUACUCACACAUUUGCUGGCAAGAUGACAAAAGGCAGCCCGCAAUGUCUCCAUGGUCAGGCUCCGCAACCAUU